UGUAGUGUAGGGAGGGAGCGAUGUAAUGUGAUCCCUCCUCCCCGCUCAUUGUCCCGGGGAUGGGCCCCUCACCUGGCCGCCCGCCCGCCGCCGUUCUUCUCUCCCGGACUCGGAUGUGUCCCGGAUAGCGGCCCCCCCCUCACCCUUCCUCCUUCCCCCUCCGCAGAGAAGCGCCCCCUACUGGCAGGGGGGGGCCGUGCCUUCCUCGCGCUGGGUGUGCCAAUCAUGAUACCCAUGUAGGUGCCGCCGCUGCCCGCAGAGCUCCGUGAUGGCCGGGACCGUCCCCCGGAGAGGACGAUGUGAUGUGCUGGGACUGUGUCUCCGGACGUGUGUUCUGCACUUCCUGGUGGGCUCCGUGUUCGGGGAGGAGAGGACCUUCAUUGUGGAGAGGUGGUUGAAGACAUAUGGCUAUUUACUCCCCUACGACAUCCGGAUUUCAGCUUUACAUUCAGGAACAGCUAUGCAGUCCGCAAUUGCAGCAAUGCAACAGUUUUACCGGAUCCCGGUGACGGGUGUGCUGGACCAAACCACAAUUGAGUGGAUGAAGAAGCCUCGCUGUGGGGUUCCUGACCAUCCUCAUUUAAGCCAUAGAAGAAGGAACAAAAGAUAUGCACUAACAGGACAGAAGUGGAGGCAGAAACACAUAACAUACAGCAUACACAACUAUACUCCCAAGGUGGGGGAGCUGGACACUAGGAAAGCGAUUCGUCAGGCCUUUGAUGUGUGGCAGAAGGUGACUCCGCUGACAUUUGAAGAAAUUCCGUACCAUGAAAUUAAAAACGAGCGGAAAGAUGCAGACAUUAUGAUAUUUUUCGCUUCUGGUUUUCAUGGAGACAGCUCUCCUUUCGAUGGGGAGGGAGGAUUUUUAGCACACGCCUACUUCCCUGGACCAGGAAUCGGAGGCGACACUCACUUCGAUUCGGAUGAACCCUGGACACUCGGGAACUCCAAUCAUGACGGUAACGACCUUUUCCUCGUUGCUGUACAUGAACUCGGUCACGCCUUGGGUUUGGAACAUUCUAAUGACCCCAGUGCUAUCAUGGCGCCAUUCUACCAGUAUAUGGAAACGCACAACUUUAAGCUUCCACAAGAUGACUUACAGGGAAUUCAGAAGAUUUAUGGUCCCCCUGCGGAAACGUUAGAGCCUACUCGACCAUUGCCUACACUUCCGCCGCGCAGGAUACAGUCGACAUCCGAAAGAAAGCACGAGAGGCAGCCAAGACCCCGCCCCCCAUCCGGAGAAAAACCCGCCCACCCAAGCAACAGGCCGAAUAUAUGUGAUGGGAACUUUAACACGGUGGCUCUGUUCAGAGGAGAGAUGUUUGUCUUUAAGGAUCGGUGGUUCUGGCGGCUUCGUAAUAAUAAAGUCCAGGAAGGAUACCCAAUGCAGAUUGAACAGUUCUGGAAAGGGUUGCCACCUAAAAUAGAUGCAGCGUAUGAGCGGUCAGAUGGCAAAUUUGUCUUCUUCAAAGGUGACAAAUAUUGGGUCUUUAAAGAAGUGACAGCGGAGCCUGGUUAUCCACACAGCUUGGUAGAGUUGGGAAGUUGUCUACCACGGGAGGGAAUCGACACAGCUCUACGAUGGGAGUCAGUUGGCAAGACCUACUUCUUUAAGGGGGACCGCUACUGGAGGUACAACGAAGAAAAGAAAACGGCCGAUCCUGGAUACCCAAAAUCUAUAACGGUUUGGAAAGGAAUCCCAGAAGCACCGCAAGGAGCCUUUGUGAGCAAAGAAGGAACUUACACCUAUUUCUACAAAGGAAAGGAAUACUGGAAGUUUGAUAAUCAAAAGCUUUUAGUGGAAUUGGGUUACCCGAGGUCGAUUGUCAAAGACUGGAUGGGCUGCAACCAAAAAGAAGUGGACAACAGCAAAGACCGCCACUUACCGCACGACGAUGUGGAUAUUAUGGUGACAAUAAAUGACGUUCCCAGCACCGUCAAUGCCAUAGCGGUGGUCAUUCCCUGUAUUUUGUCCCUGUGCAUCUUGGUCUUGGUAUAUACUAUUUUCCAGUUUAAGAACAAGGGGGUGCAACAAAACGUGACCUAUUACAAACGGCCGGUACAAGAAUGGGUAUGACAAGAUCUGAAACGUUCUUGUUUUUCUUUUUAGUUUUCACGAGGGCUAAAAAGAUUCUGGGAUCCCAAGUCCAUUGAUGGGACUGGCAACAGACAAUUUUCUUUUUUUCCUCACUGUGGAUCCCGGCUUUUCCAGGAAGGAAAGACUUCAAGGAUUACAAAGAUGGCCUUACACAAUUGGAGCCUCUUUCAUUCUUACUGCCUCAUACCUUUUCUAGUGUGCCAUUUCCGGGGUUUGCUUUGUGAGCACCGGCCGAACUUGCUUGGAGUUUUUCUUCACAAAAAAAAACAAAAAACGAAAAAAAAAACAACAAAUAGAACUGGCUGAUGACUUGUCUUAAAAACCAGCUUUCUCCAUUGAAGUCAGCUACAUUCAGACUUGUUUCUUACGACAAUUUGAGCACAAAAAGAAGACGAAGCACACCUAUUUCUCCGAGAAGGCUAAAGAAUCGUUGCGUGAAGGUCUUGACAGACCUUGGGUUCCUUGGGUGGGCUCGCCAAUUUAAUGCACAGAAACUUUUUUUUUUUUUUUUUUCAAUCCCUGCUGGUCAGAAUUAUUACAUACAAAAGUUGUUAAAUUUAGAUUAUCGAAUUUUUUGGCAUUCUCUGCCUGCAUUAAUGAAUUGUUGUUAAAGUUUUAAAAGGAUGUCGUUCUCGGCCUGCUUGGUUUCCACGUGGCGCCGAGAGCAGAAUAUGAAGGAAAUACCUGUUCACCCAACGGCGAUAUUUGGUAAAUGUUGUACUCAUGUAGAAAAAAAUAAACGGAAAGAUUAAUAAAACAAAACACGACAUUACAAAAUUGUUUUGUUGAAUGUCACGUGGUUAAGGACACGCUUCUUAGUAAGGAAUAGCUUUUCAUCUCUUAAUGAAACAGCUUGGAUUUUUUUAUGACUCUUAUUAUGUAAGAGCAAAUAUUUAUUUCUGAUUGUGGACAAUCGGGAUAAAUAAUAUUAAUAGAUUUUGUGAUUUUUUUUUUUAUUAUCAUGUUUAAAGAAGACCUUGAAAGAUCGCUGAAUUUGUUGGUCCCAUAAAGCUUUCAGUUUAUGUGCUUGCCACAUUUAAUUAUUUUUAAUAAACAUCAGUCCAAUAUU